AUGGAAUCGACGUCGGGGUUGACCGCAAAGGAGAAAAACGAUACUCUAGUUGAUGUUCAGGAUAACUCAGACUUGAAUUCUGGUAGUCUUGUUAUGAAAGCUGUGCCAAAGCCUGGAAAUGAUGCUGAUAAAGAAAAUGUCCAUUGUCAAAGCUCAAAUAAAUUUUUGGCUCUACAAGCAGUUGGUAAUGUUGAAACUAUUCUGUUGGAUGAGAAUGAUGAUGAUGUUGAGAAUGUCUUCACUGAGGGACUCAUAGAAAAACAAGAAGAUGCUGAUUUGAGUAAGAAGGUUGUAAUCGACGAAGCUCAAAAGGAGGGCAGCAAUAGCGAUGAGCAAAAACAAAACCGGUUUUGCAAGAAGAUGCCAAUGAGGAGAAUCCUAGUCGUUAUAUGCACAAAGAAGGUGAUCCAGAUGAGGGCUUAUUAG